AUGCAGUCUUCAUAUGACAAAUCGUGGAAAUAUUCCCUGUUUAUGAAAAAUCCUAAGGAACGAGCGGGAAUUUUGUCUCGUCUCUUCUUCUCCUGGAUGAACAACUUAAUGAACAUCGGCAACAAACGGGUUUUAGAACACAGCGACCUUUACCCACUUCUAGAUGAGGACAGAUGCAAAGGUCUAACGGAAAAGCUGGAACAAACAUGGCACGAGGAAAUACGAAACUCGCACAUCAAGGGACGAAAGGCACGACUUUCCAGGGCAAUGAUGAAGGUUUUACCGUGGAGCGACUUCGCCUUAGCAGGUCUCUCUCUUUUCAUCGCCGUGGCCUGUAAUAUUCUACAGCCUCUGUUACUUGGCCUUCUGUUAUCUUCAAUGCUGCAUGGUGGGAAUGUGCAAUACGACCGCUGGCUGUGUUUGUUUGCUGGUGGGCUCUGUUGCAGUGCUUUGUUUCACAUACUGGCCAUGAAUCAGUAUCAGAGCAAGGUGGACUACAUGGGCAUGCGCUGGAGGGCAGCUGCGAUUGGUGUCAUUUACAAGAAGAUUUUCAAGUUACGGCUCAAAGACCUCACGCGGGUCCAACCUGGUCACAUCAUCGCUUUGAUUACCCAUGAUGCUCAGCGCCUGGAUCAAAUCUUUCAGAAAGUGGGAUACACUCUGCAGGGGCUCGUAGAACUUGUCACCGUGACGGCUCUGAUCUGGCGCCUUGUUGGUUUCCAAGCUGUAUCCGGUAUCAUUUUCUUAAUCUUCCUUCUGGCCUAUUACAUCGGUAUGUGGGACGUAUGUAUGAAAUUACGCCUGCGCAUUGCACGUUGGACGGAGCGGAGAAUGGGAGUUAUGAAACACAUCGUUAAUGGAAUCCGCGCAAUCAAGAUGAACACGUGGGAAUGGCCUUACAAGAGGAAAGUGGAAGAGAUACGAAGGAAGGAACUACAGUAUGUCCGCCAGAAGAGUGCCAUCUUAUCAACGUUUGAGACUUUUCUUCACACAAGCUCCAUUGUGGCGUGUUUCAUAUCGCUAACAGUUCUCAUCAUCACAGGAGUGGAGUUGUCUACUUACAGUAUCUUCAUGGUCCUCGCACUGAUAAGGACAAUCCGUCUGUCUGCCUCAUCCAAGUUUGCCGCCGGUGUCAAUUUCAUCGGUGCUGUGACGGGAUCCUUAGGGAGAAUUCAAACAUUUCUGGAGCUCGAGGAAUCUGUUUACUCGGAAGACACGUACAGCAGGAAGAGAACCCGCUCGAAAAUCCGCUCCUUCUUAGAUUUGACUGACGCCGAGAUGUCAAAGUACCUGUCUGCGGAAGACGUGACAAAGAUCUCCAAUGACAUAAGAUCUGGAAAGAGCGUCCCACAGUAUGAGCCUGUACUAAUCAAGCAAAGAUCUCUCGAUGCACCCGACAAUCCUUCGAAUGAUAUUCAUGUGACCUUUGAAAACGUGUCUUGUCAUUGGGGAGGCGGAAAUAAGUCUGUCGUGCUGAGGAACAUUACUUUCAGGGCGGCUAGCAAGGAACUGACUUUAAUCAACGGUCCUGCAGGGUGCGGAAAAUCCUCCCUCCUUGCAGCUAUCCUUGGGGAACUUCCUCCAACUGAGGGAUACAUCUCCUGCGUGGGAAAGAUUGCGUAUGUGCCUCAGAUACCUUGGAUUUUCUCCAACACCCUUCGUGAAAACAUUUUGUUUGGUAAGCCGUACAAUCCGUUUAGGUAUCAGGCCAUAGUUAAUGCGUGCAACUUACAGAAGGACAUUGACAAGCUUUCGGAUGGAGACCUGACUUUCGUGGGGAACAAUGGCCUCAGUUUGACAGAAGAUCAGAAAGCUCGCAUGGGAAUUGCAAGGGCAGCAUAUUCAGACGCCGAUAUUUAUCUGUUGGACGACCCCUUUGCACCUGUCGAUGCAAGAGUCGCUGAGCAGGUUUUUGGUAAAUGCGUGUGCGGGCUGCUUUCAAAAAGAAUACGAAUUCUAGCGAGCCGCCAAUUACAAUACGUUGAGCGAGCGGAUCAAAUUUUGACCAUGCGCGCUGGGACAAUUGUAAACGAAGUUACGUCACAGGUGAUGGGAUACCGGUCCGUGAAGCUCCACUCGCCCGGAGAAUCCCGUGAGAGGGAGAGAAAGUGUCCGAGUAACAAGACGGUGGAAUUUGCUAUCGAAGAGGAAAUUCAAGAAAAGUAUCGCACACGUUCGAACCUGUUUGAAGAAGAAGAAAUGAUGGGGCCUGUGUCAUGCACAAUUCUGUGGAAUUAUCUCAGAACCGGCGCCUGUCUACCAUUCAUCGUUGUAUUUGCACUGUUUACCUUUGUCGUUCAAGGAGCCAUUCUCAUCCCGGACAUGUGGCUAUUGCGCAUGAGUGAGUCUGCUACUCUGUUGAACCUCGAUCAGACCACUUGGUAUAUUUAUGCCGCUAUGGUGGGCGGAGUAUUCAUGCUGUCAAUCAUGCGUGCUUCGUUUUUCUUCGCUACCACCUUACGUUCAUCCGAACGCCUUCACCAGAAUAUGGUUGUUUCUAUUCUUCGUGCACCAGUCUUAUUUUUUGACACGAAUUCAGCCAUUAGCAUUUUGAACCGCUUUUCAAAAGAUAUCGGGUGCAUGGACGAACUUUUACCAAGUGUAUUUCUGCGCGCCAUUCAGAUAACCCUAUUCGCCAUCUCAGCCUUUCUCCUCCCAGUGGUUCUCAAUCCGAGCGUACUUUUAGGUGGAAUACCGCUGUUUGUUUUGUUUCUCUUAUUAUGGGCUUACUCUCUCAAAACCGCGCGCCAAGUUAGAAGACUGGAGAUCAGCUCUCGAAAGCCAGUGGUAUCUCAUUUCUCGGAGACGUUGAUGGGACUGGUGACGAUCAGGACUCACAGUAUGCAGAAGUCCUUCACAGAGGAUUUCUAUGGUUACCAAGAUUCACACAGUCAAGGAUGGUGCAUGACUACCUCAUGUUGGAGCUGGAUCGGGUUCCGCCUCGACUCAGUGUGCGUACUCUUCAUUGUUUCAGUGGUUGCUGGAGCGUUUUAUGUGAAGCUGGAUGCAGCCAGCACCAUUCUGUCACUGAUCUACACCCUUCAGUUGUUGAAUGAUGUGUCGCAAAAUGGCGUCAAACGUUCCUUUGAAGUUGAAAAUUAUAUGAGUGCUGUUUAUCGCAACUUGGCCUGCGCAGAGAUUGUACCAGAACCUGGAUACGCCAUGGAGAUCCAGCCUCCAGUGCCAUGGCCAAAAGACGGCGCAGUUUCCUUCGAAAACAUCUCCUUGAGCUACAGUAGAGAAGGGUCCAGGGUAUUAAAAGAAAUCUCCUUUGAUGUGUACCCUGGGGAGAGGUUUGGCAUCACAGGACGUCCAGGAGCUGGAAAGUCGUCUAUCAUAAAUGCACUGUUUCGAUUGGUCCCGGACUGUGCAGGUAAGAUAAUGAUUGACGAUGUCACUAUUAACAACCUUGACCUUCAAAGGAGUAGGCGUGGCAUUUCAAUUAUUACCAAGGAGCCAAUCCUCUUCAUGGGCACACUACGCAUGAACGUGGAUCCAUUCCUUAGCCAUACCGAGAGGGAGAUCUGGGAAGUCCUUGAGAAAUGUCAUUUGAAGUCCUGGGUCGAGAGCCUUCCCAAACAGUUGCAACAGGACCUCGCGGAUUGUGGAGCUACCCUGGGUCCAAGUGAGCGCCAACUCAUCUCCUUUGCACGUGCGCUUCUUCAGAAAAACAAAGUCAUUGUAAUAGACGAGGCGUCGUCCACUGUGGAUUACAGAACGGAUCGCCUCAUUCAAGAAAUUAUCCGAAACUGCCUCCUUGACAGCACUGUCAUUACCAUUCCUCAUCGUCUGAGCACGAUUAUUGAU